GGCGAAAGGAGUUGAAAAGUGAGCCCGCAGAGAAAGACAGACCGUGAGACCUGUGCAAUCGCUGCCAUAGUCGACUUUGUCGGCUGGCUAGCGCGUUUUUCGAAUAUUGAUAAUAAUAUGAAUGCGCGUCAUUGUUAGAACCCGUUGACACGACCGCUUUCGAGACUAUAAACCGCAAGCAAUGAGGACGCGAUGCGUUUUGCGCGAAGAAAAAUUUUCUCACCCCUGUCUGGCGACGUCCGCUUUCGUACUAGCACCGUAUCUCCUGCUCAUCUCUGUCCUAACGGGUUGCUCGUUUCGUUGCAGCGUCGCAGCCAGCGCUGUCCACCGGAAGCAACGGGCACCUGGGCGCGGAAAUGGUCUUACGGGUAGCAGCGACACAACUGCCUCUCAGCCGCGACCCACGGUUGCAAGAUCGCGCGGCAGGCCGGACGGACGGCGACUUGCUAAGUCGAGUUGUCAACACCAAGGAGGCACUGGCGUGGCACAUCCGACCACGGAUCAUAAGUCUCCACGCCAAGCUGCAGCAGCACAAGUACAAGCUGGCGCCGCAUCAUCGCAGAUAGUAAUCUCAGACCGCAGGAGGAGUACUACAUCAGAAGAUGGUGGAACCACUUUACCGCCUCGUCCAGCGAUUUUCUCUUGCGAGGAAUUGCACGAUCAAGUAUUGGCGUUUCUCCCCCCAACGGACGCACAGCGGACCGCGCAGUUUCUAUCGAAGCAAACAAGGUCGAAGCAAGGCGCGUCGGAUCGUUGCUGCGGUAGUUUCAGUUGUUGUGCCAGUGAUCAUGUAGUUGUAGCUCAGGACGAUCUUCUUGCAGCGCAGCAGAAGCAGGAGCAGCACGACCCGCUGCAAGAACCUCUUGCAGAAAACACGACGACAACCACGACCUUGUCCGGUGGGACCACGAGAACUGCAGCCAAAAAUGUUCUUGCACCCACAAGUUCAUCAUCUUUCUGGUGCCCGCAGAGUACAACUAGUCGUCUCCGCCGAGAGAAGCACCAGCAACUAGAACUCGCCCGGGAGCACAUUCUCGCCAGCGGGGAGGGCCUGGACAAAAUCCACGACGCAACAAGCGAAAUAACCGACCGCCACCCGGCAAUUCUAGACCGGCUGAGGAAACAAAGGGCGGAAACUACAGCGGCACAGCGCGAGGCCACCGCGAUGGCGUUCGAAUUUCGCCGGGUGGAGAAACUGCUCUCGCUGGAAAAUGCCAUUUUGAAGAACCAGCUUCGUUGCAAACAGAAACACCAGGACAGCCUGGACAAGGAGGUUGCGAAACACACGUCCUCGGCGCUUUUAUUGCGGCGGGGGACGAGCUUCGCGCCGCCGCCUCUGCUGGCGAAGUUCAUGCAGGAGGCGCCGUUUGUGUUUUUUUCCCUGAAUCUCGAAGAGUGGGACGUGGAGAAACAUGAAGACGGAAGGAAAAUUCGCUUCGUGCAGCGAACUUUGGCUUCAUCUAGUUCUAGCGAGGACAUAAGUAGUGGAACGACGGCGAGCAGCAACAGCACAAGCAAUACGAAUAUCACCACCCCGUACAUGCUGGCAAUUGGGCCGCUGCUGGCCAGCCUGCAGGUGUCCACUAUGACCUCUACCCUGAUGGCGCAGUUGCUCACCGUGCAGGCUUUCGACGCGAAGGAGGAAGCGGGGCUAGUAGAGGGCAGAAUCGCCGCGCUCUCCGCGUUUUUGAAGAAAGCAAGAUUGACGCCCGAGUUUUUCUCUUUCGUGCUACGAAGUCGAAGUAGUGCAGCGAGUAGUUCUGGUGCUGCAAGAACGUCUUCCGGGAGCAGCCGCGUAGGACGAGGUCAUCAUCGGUUAGAAGGACCUUCCCGAGAUCUUCCUGAUGAAAAUUCAUUCACGCCGCCAUCUCGAGGAGACGCGGCGGGGAAAAGAAAAAGGGAAAAUCCAAAUGCGGGAACACCCGCUGAGAAGAUGAACCGAAAUAGCACGAAAGUUGUUGUACUAGAGCACGAUGAACAUGAUCAGGAGGAAUCUACAAUCAAAUCGCACGAGUCAACAACAACGUCGUCCAACAACACGCCAGCCAGUCGUUCCUGCGUGGUCAGCGACCGGUCCUCGCGAGCGCCUGGGCAUCCCUCCCGCGUGCUGGGCUCGCCCGACGGGUAUUACCCGGUGAUUCAAAGUCGCUGGAGACCGAACUUCGAGGACGCGGUUUGUAAGCGGGAGUUCGAAGCGUUGUUCGGCGGGCAACCUGAGGUGGAACAUCAAGGCGAAGAUGUUCAUAGGGAAAAUAGUAGUACACCCAUGAAGGGCGGGGCAGAACAAGCGAAACUGAGCCAAAUGUCACACAAAAAUCUUCUCGUCCCGUCGAAAAAAUUAUCCUGGGCCUUCGAGACGGUGUUGUGGCCGGAUUUUGCGGAAAAAGCCAGUGCGCAGAUAAUUCUCGCGGAGACAGAAGCGGAAAUAAACAAGACAAAGCAAGAGAGCGAUUAUGCUCAGACACAGGUCGUGGGCUCGGACCUGCCGAGAACAAAAGAGCCCGCUGCGCAGAUGGAAAUAACAGGCGAGCAGCCCAGAAGCAGACCAUCCGCGGCCACCGAAAUGAAAAACACCGUCGCGCGCCCGAAAUCUCUGCGUUUGGUCAUUGAAGAGGAGGUUUCAAAUGCAAAUAUGUCUGGGUCUGGAACGUUGGAACUUGUAAUGCUGGUCGUGCUUUCCUGUGAGAUCUGUAUUGCAUGACCUACAUCACUACAAAAGCCGCAGCCUCUCUUGUCAUACAAAAACGUAGUUUCUCAUGCGGAGCGCGUAUGAGGAAGCGUUCUGCAAACUUGUCAUGCUUUCCUGCAUGAGGGAGCGUUUUCGUCAUGCGCAUUUUAGCAUCACAAAUUUCCUGACCCAGACAUAUUUUUAAUCCAUAGGAGGACACGAAGGUGUUGCAUGUGCUAGCCUGGGGUGCGGCCGGGACGCUCGUUGGGAUGGAUUCGGUGGGCCACCUGCUAUACAAAAUCCAGAAGAAUUUCGUGGUGCCGUUGUUGAAGCGGCACUUGGAAGAGGAAGAGCGAUUGCGCUGGAAUCGGAUGAGGGAAGAGUAAGUAUAAGUACCCGGAUCUGGCGGAGAUGGCGUAGAAUAUAACUAAAGUUAAUGAAAAUGAUGAUCGAAUCUAUUCGUGUAUGAUACAAAAAAUGAAAUUGAUGAGGUAGUAGUUGGCGGUAAACUACGCCAUGCACGAGCGCGUAUCAAGUCUGGUAUGAUUUCUACGUAGCACAACUUAUUUUGCUAUACAUAUUUUGCGAGUAUAAUUCGUGCUCAUUCAUGACCAAAUUCUGCGUGUCUGCACAAAUGCAAAGCUUUUCUGCUGGUUUGCCAAACGCCAAAAACUGCAUCCUCUUGUUUCCACAGCGCAAUCUUAUCUGUUUCGUUAUCUGCUCUGUAAAUUAGGUGUUGAACCCAUGAU